UCUGUCUCUCCCUGUCUCUCUCUUCUCUUUCUCUCUGGUCCUUUAAGCCUGGUGCAUCACAGGAGCUAUCCAGUGCUGAACCAAAUAAUUUUAUUGUAUUUUUUGGAAAGCUGGGGGAGCCAUAGAGUAACACACAGCAUUGUUUACCAACGUUGUUCUCCACUGGUUUCCAUUUUCUUUCCAUCUCUUCUGUUUUUUAGAGGUUGCCUUUUCGUUUAACACAAGGAUUACUACUACUGUCAGCUAGCUCCAGCUCUGCCUGUUUGCUGAUUUCUUUGGGGGUAUUUUCUUUUCUCUUAAUGCGUGAUUCUCAGCUCUGUGUGUUUUUUAUUCUUUGAAACAUGCCCCGUUCGUUUUUGGUGAAGAAAAUCAAGCUUGAUGAUUUCUCUAAUCACCAUCACCACCUGGACGACUCGUUCACUCCUUUCACACGCUCCCUCACUGACUCUGUGACCAGUUUGGGUGUUCGUCUCAGUGAGAAUGGUGAGUUUGCAUGCCUCUGCACAGCACAGCACACAGCACAUUCGCGUCCUGCCUGCCGUUGUCUAGGGUGUGCUACUGUAGCACCACUGCUCCCUUUGGAGAACCAGGUUCAGUUGUUGAUUCCAGAAUAAGAAUGCCCCAUGACAUCAAUACAGUAAACACAGUUGGAAUUAUCUUUUGAUUGUGUAUUUGUAAGUGGUUCUUCAUCCAUUGACAUGCCUGUUGUCUGCAUAAAUUAAUAACAGACGUUACAUAAAUCCGGCUGAUUUUGCAUCCGUAUCCCAAAUAAUCCUCUCCAGCACCCCCUGCCCACCCCCAUCCUGCUCCCAGACUUUUGUUUUUUGACUCUGAUGAUAGGCAGACACAAUUCAGGUCACAGCAGAGGAUCGGCUUAUGCAAAUGGUGGAGCAAAACGUGCUUCUUGCAUUUAGACAUGUGUUCCUAUGAAUUUGUAUUACGUGCACAAAUUAAGGUGUGCUUGAAUCAUGCAGGCUGUCACUUUCCAGUCUUUGUGCGAUCUGAGAAAUGUAUGAAAAUGAAAGAUAAGUGCUGGAUGAUACAUUUGUCCUUAGCUGUUAUUGUCCUUGAGUCUCCUCCUUCCGGGCGUUUGAAAACUAGCAGGGGUGGAGUUUCAUCCAUGCAGGCCUAUCGCCGCCACAAGAGACAUCAACGCACUGUACAGUACUGCCGGGGGAGGUGGGUUAGCUGGGGUAGAGGGGGAGCGAGGAGGAGAGAGAGAGAGAAGGAGGAAAAAGGAGGAAAAAUGCUUCGGGCAGCAUUGACGUGGGGCCACGUGACUAGGGGUAUACAGUUAACAUAGAAGAAAGGGUCCAUAGCUGCACAGUGGGCAACAGUAGGACUGGGCCGCAUGCUAAGCCCCUGUCCAGUCAAAGCUAGAGAGAGACGUCCUUCACUUUCAGUCAGUCAGGUUUAAGCUCGCUCCCAUUUUGUGGCCAUAUUUAGGAUGCCAGAUGUCUGUCUGUCUCUCUUUGUUAUUUUGUCUUGGCAAUAAGCAGAUAGCUUUACAGUUCAGAUCAACCUGUGAACGUAAAAUGAUCACUUGUUAUUCAGUCACAUCACAUAAUGCUAUUAUCCAGUGAUUUUAGAUUAGCAGCAGCAGCAACCAAGAACAAAAACACAUGUUUGAACAGUGUUGUUGUUAUUAACAAAUUAUGGCUAGUGAAUGGUCAGUUUAACUAAAUAUAUAUAUUUUUACAAUAGAGUAUGAGGAUAAAUUAACUUCUGUUUUAUUUACAUUUUAUAAACACAAAUGCAGUUACGAUAAAGUUAUGGAAUCAGAUUCAUUGCAAAAAACAUGACUUCUUUGCAUAAAUUAUGUGGUUGAAAUGUAAAUCCUUAAUAAAGAUGUUAGUCUCAGUCUCUGUUGUUCUGUCAUUGAUAAACACUAUUCCUCUUCCUUUGAGAAAGAAAUAAGCAUUUUGAUGGGGGAAAAAAUUAUAUAUUAUGGAUUAUUGCAUUAGUACCAACACUACCAUUGUAUGCAGACAAAAUAACCCUUCUUGUCUGCUCAAUGAAAUCCCAGAGAAAUCACAACAUUGUUGAAACGCCUGGCGUCAGCGCUUUCCCCAUUGUGGAGACAUUUGACUUGAAGUGUCUGUCGAACAACAAAGAAGGAGGGUGGGAGAGUGAGUCCAUUAAUAACAUGCUUGAUUUGCAUUAGAGGAAUGAGUCGCUGUACUGCAAAGGUUAAUACAGCAUUAGUUCAGCCACAAAAAUGAACUCUCUGUCUGACCUUAAGUAAUUUAAACCUGUUACACAUGUGCAAUUAAUCAGGGGAAUAAAAAACAAGAUGUCUAUGUGUUUCAAUAACAAUCUGUUGCUGUAUACAGUAUGUUUGGCUAUUUUCCUCUGCUCUCUUUACGGUACUGCAUAUUCAGUGAGAUAGUGUUUCAUUUUAGAUGUUAGAAGAAAAAGAAACAAGGUAUUAUUAAACUUGAAAUAGCCUAUGAAGUAAGAAUGACUAUUACCUUUAGAAGUUAUAUCAGGAGAGGAAGAAAUAUCAUGAGUUGUUAUCUAUAUAGGCUAGUCAACAAAAGGUUGGUGCUUUUGACCAAAUAGCACCCUUGCCUUCCUAUAAGAUCCCAGUCUCCCAGUCCUAUAGCAUCAUGGUAAUGACUUUGACAAGGAAUGGUCUCUGAGUGGGAACCCUUGGGAAUGGAGACAGCAUUCUAAGAGAGCACUUAAAAAUUGAUUUUCUAAUGAGCUGAUUCCUGAAUGCACUUCAGCGAGCUUUAACACUACAGCCACUUUGUUCUGCUGGUAAUCCUGUGUAUCACGUUUCAGCUUAACCUUUCCAUCACUCAACCAUGUUCAGUAGGCUAUCGUUGUGUAGUCCUCUCCAAUCACUUUAUUCUGUGCCCUGGCCUGCAUUAUUUCAAUCUUAUAUCCCCACACGCAGUGUGUUCCAACAGCUGUACUAUUUUACAGAUGAUGGCCUAUUGAUCAGCAAGAAACUUUGAAGUUCAUUAAAAAACAGUAAAUAGUUCAUUUCCACCGCUUGCGACACACAAUGCUUAGGAAUCUGCCUUUUCUUCUUCAGUUAUGCAAUAUUUCUCCCAGGGCAGGAUUCACACCACAUAUUGGAAAUGGAAUCAUAUGUUUGUCCUAUAUGUUAGUAAGCUAUUGAAGUGGAACAUGUUUAGAUAAAUGCAUACAAGUGUGUAGAUGUACUGGACUAACGUUAGUAAAUAUUCAGUGUUGUUUAGCUCCACUUAGCUGCAUGCCAGGAAACCUUUUAGCUCCACUUGGCUGCCUCACAAUAUAGGGAUACAUUAAAUAUUGUCUAGACAAUAAAAUGGCCUGUCUGUAAUGUAACAUAAGUCAAUAAUCCAGUGAGACAAAUUGGAAAUAUCCUGGAAGUGCUAUUCUGUUGAGAGAAAGGAAUUUAUAUGGUGGUAGCCAAGCUACUAGAAAGAAAGAGCCAAGCUACUGCAAAAUAAUAAAGCACUCAAAAACAAUUGAAGUGCUUUCUAGUAUUUUUUCAAAAUGUGUUUUUCAGUUUUAAUGGCCUCUCCUGAUGAUUUAUCAUCCCAAAAUACUGUAUCCCCUGGACAGUCACCCCAGACCAUAGACAGUGUGUGCUGUCUGAUGGUUCAGAGUGUUCAGGCUUAAUUGGGCAAACAAAACAAAGAUAUAGACCUUCAGUCACAGAGGAUUGACAUACAGUACCUUAGAGUGAGGAAGUCACUGGGUGAAAGAAAGGGUGACUAAUCAAUGAGACCACUUCAAGUAAUAAGAGGGGCCUUCUUUCAUAGGUGUCUAUAAUUAGCAAUUAUCUGUGUUUAGCAGCCACCACUCAUCUUUGCUGUAACUGUGUAAUAAAGGUGAAUGCUGUGAGUAGUGCUCUGCAGCAGCAUCACAGGCCUGUGGUAAAUACUGUGUGAUUUGGGGAGAUUGCAAUUUGUUUUGUAUGUGUGUAUGCUACUGUUUAAUAAUUUACAAGAGGCAAUCAUCCAUGAUAAUCAUAUAAUCACAAUGCACUUAUCCACCACCACAACGCCCGGCCUACUGUAGACUAACUGUCACUGUCACUGUCUCUGUGUGUGUGUGUGUUUUGCCUUACUGUAACUAUUAUUGUGUGUUUUCUCCAGGCUACAUCCAGGAUUACAUCACGCCAUCUAUAUGUCAGGGGGAGAAGAAGAUGGAGCUCAAGAUGGCGUCGCCCGUCUCUGACCCUCUGUACACCCAGGUGAGCAGCAGGGGUGAGGAGUACUGUGACCCUGACCUGGAGCACCCCGACAGCCCCCAGUCCGGCAUGACGGACAGCGGCUUCUACAGUGGCGAGGCGGAGGCCCUGACCGAGGGCUACACAAUGGAUGCCUUUUUCAUCUCCGACGGGCGCUCGCGGCGGAAGGGAGACGGUGACGGCCGUAAGGGAGGUCGUUCUGGCGCUUCCAAUGCCGAUGCCACAGAGGACAGGGAGGCAGGGGCCGCUGGCACAGCCCGCCACACUUGCAACGUGUGCGGCAAGACGUACGCCACCUCGUCCAACCUCAGCAGGCACAAACAGACACACCGUAGCUUGGAUAGCAAGAUGGCGCGCCAGUGUCCCACCUGCGACAAAGUGUAUGUGUCCAUGCCGGCGCUGGCAAUGCACAUCCUCACCCACAACCUCAAGCACAAGUGUGACGUGUGCAGCAAGGCCUUCAGCCGGCCCUGGCUCCUGCAGGGCCACAUGCGCUCGCACACCGGGGAGAAACCGUUCGCCUGCGCCCACUGCGGCAAAGCCUUUGCUGACCGCUCAAACCUCCGCGCCCACAUGCAAACCCACUCUGCCUUCAAGCACUACCGAUGCAAGCGCUGCAAUAAGACCUUCGCCCUCAAGUCCUACCUGAACAAGCACUAUGAAUCAGCCUGCUUCAAGGGUUCCGGGGACGAAGAUGAUGACGAGUCCUGCUCUGAGAACUAGCUGCCGGAACUAGAAGGACGGAAGCAGAAUUUGGAACCCUAUAUUGUAGGUUCUGCAACCAAUAACCCCCUUCACUCUGCCCUCCAUGCCUUUUUCUUCCUUUUUUUAGAAAGCAAUAUUUUCACUGAGAUUAUGUGAAGAAAACUGUUAUGAUUAUGGCAAAGACAAUUUCAAAAGAUGCUGGAUUCCCCCUCUCCCCCGCACAGUAGCUAAUCAUCCACAGAUACAUACAAUCAAAAGACCCAUCCUCCAAAUAAAGACUCUAGUUUUUAGCUCACUCACAAACACGCUCACACACACGCACACAACAUUAUAUAUGAGGCCUGGCAUGUGAAUUUUUAUCAAUGACUAUAAUGAUAUUGAUAUCAAUAGUAAUAUUUAGAUUCCUGAUAUUUUAUAGCAAAAAGUACAGGGAAAAUGACGAAGAAAAAAAACAUUAAAAAAGGACUGUAACAGUUUUCUUUUGUUGUUUAUUGACAAAAAUGACCUCUUUUAUUUCUAUGCUGCUUUUUAUUUGCUAAGAAUUGAAUUAUUUUGCAACUGCCAACAUUCAGUUUUUAUGAAAAUGUGUACUUUGACAGUAUUUGCAAAAGAGGGAAAUCAUUUUAAAGUUAAAAAAAGUACCCUUUUUGUCACACAUAUGUUUUUAAUUCAAUGGGUGUUAUUUUUCUAUUGUCUGACUGAAUUUGUUAUACAUUUUGGUGCCAAUUCUUCCUUGAUUUUUAAAAGCAAAGCAUCUUUGUAACUGUGGGUAUUCAGAAAACUUCCAGCAAAACUCAUUGAACAAACCUUAAGGCAAACUACAUCAGCUGAGUACAAUAGGAUCAUGAACUAGCGGUCAUUGUCAGUUCCAUCAGAGCAGUUGUUUUGAGUUCUUAUGGAGACCUGUUGAACAGGUUGUGGUAUCACAAGAUACCGGUGGCACUCAAAGUACAAUCUCUUCAUCAUACUGGUAACUACAGUAUACCAAUAACAACAAUGGGAGCCAAACCAAAUGUACCGAUCAGUUGUUAUAGGUGCCAUGUGCAUUGUGCAGUGACCUGUCUAUAGCAAUGGAAACCAUCCCUGUUCUUCCUCCACCGCGGUGGCUUGCAUGAACUUUGCCACUCUGUGCUGUUUCCCUCAGUCGUAAUAAGCAAUGUUCAUUACACGCUCUGAGGUGCUCUCCCUCUCCUUUUACUGGUAUUACCUCAAAAAGGAAAAGGUAUGAUCUCACCACAUGCACCCUCAGUUACAAAGGAAUGUUUGUAUUUUAUUUUAAAUAUGUUGCUGAAAGUUCUUUCUACCAUUAGAUGUAUAGCAUCCCACUACCUUGUAAAUUGUGUAUUUAUUGAUCUAUUUAUGUAAGUAUUUAUUUAUUUGUCAAUUUAUCUAUGUAUUUGUUAUUUAUAUGUUUCUAAAUGUAUUCAUCUAUUAAUUUAUUAAUUUAUGCCAUUACAGUAUUUGUCUAUUCAUGUGUUGAAAUAUGACUUUCCAUUGACCUUGUAAGAUGCUGCUGAUCUUCAAAGAAAAUGUUUAUAUGCAUGAAACUGUAGAGAGUCCAUGGGACUUCGUUUUUUAAAGAGGAACAAUGUCUAGUAUCAGCCAUAACUUCAAACAAAUGAUGAAUGCAGAUUAUAUUUGUUUCACAGCAAUAAUAACUUCACUGGUACAGCAAUUGACAUGUAUAAUAAUAAUCAAAGCUGUCCUGUUUGCAGUCGAAUUUAGGGCAAUAAAAUGAAACAGAUGAAGAAGAAAUGUUAAGAAAUCCUCCAUCUUGUUGUUUCCCAAAGUAGAGUUCACUCAACUGCCUCCCUCUACAUAUUGGCUGAAGAUUGACCCUUGAAGGGUUCAUGAUCAUAAUGUCAUGCAAUACUGUCCAAAGAUAGCAAACCUUACUAUUAUGCUUUAUUAGAUAUCCCAUGAAAUCAUUUCCCACAUAGAACAUCAAACACUUCCUUAUUCAACCCUCUGAAUAAGAUAGGGGGAAUCAGUUAUUUUUUAAACAGACACACAUUCUAUUCUACCAGCUGUCUCCUCUUCCACAACUCACAGAGCUGUAUUCCAGAAUCCUGACAGGAUGAGUUAGUUGGAAGGAGGACUGAGGAGCCCUAAUCAUCAUGCCAGAGGAGAUAAUGGCAAUGGGAAGGCUUUUUCCCCAAGUGGAUUAACAAGGCGAUAAUAAUAGCAAUGCAGUAAUUAUAAAACAGUGUCGACAGCAAUUGCUCUCCUGAUUACCCUGCCAGAGCUUUGCUGCAAGCGACUAAAGCCAUGCAAAAGGGAAAAGUCGUGAAUCGAGAGAUUGGCAGAUUUAUCUGUAAGAUAGUGUUUUCACUCCUUAUAACGUAGACUGAGAGAGCUUUGGAUAGGUUUAUAUAGUCUGGUUUAACAGUGAAAGGGGAAUAUGCACUGAAAAGACCUUAGAAGUUAAAUGAAAAUGUGAAUGUUUUCCAAAAUCUCCCACAGUAUAUAGGAAAAUGUAAAACAACACUUCCCAUAACAGAAAAUUGCCACUUGGUUGGAAGGCUGAAAACAACCGGUGUAAGGCAGGGUGAUGCAGAGUGCUUUCCAUUUAGGACAUCUGUGAUGAUAGGGAUUUUUUUUACAAUCACGGUUGCUUCCAAUAUUAAGCUGUUUGGCAGAUCACUCUACAUUGAAACCAUGUGUUUUUUUAGGAUUAGAGGUUUGAAAUGAUGAGGUGUCUAUCGGCAAGAUAAUGAUAUGUAUUAAAAAUAUGUCAUUAUAAUUAAUGUGUCAAUAAAUGGAUAUUCUUCCAUCAAUUGACAAGAGAAGGUUUUAUUCAAAUUCCUUUUUCAUGUAAAUCUCUUCAUGACACAAAGACUGAUGUUAUUGUCGUAAAAUAAUAAUAGACCAUCCUUACCCUCUCACCU